GAUUUACGUAAGUCUGGAAUGUGCUGCCUUGACACCUUAUAAGAGAGGCAGCAGGGCAGAAACCGACAUCACUUUUCCAGGCAUCAAGGGGCAGAGUAGUCAGCGGACCGUACCUCGGCAUACAAACUCUUACCGUACGGGCGGGUAACGUGCAGUCACCGCGGUUACAAUAGCCCGAACUGGCGAGCUACCCGUUAUUAGCGGAGUCCGGGGUCAAGGACAUCACAUGUUGUCCCCGUACCCCCCUCUCUUGCCCCUCGUUUCUUCUUCUUUCGUGCUCUUGAUCGUCCCAAUUGCUGUCUUACAAGCUCACCAAUGCGUCCCGCCUCCCUCGUUGCGGCUCGACGUAUCCCGCGGGGCCUCGCCAGCCCUGCACGGCGCAGUUUCGUCACUUCGGUCCGACGGAGCAAGGCCGAGGAGGAUUCCAUGGCCCGUCUGACGAGCAACGCACUGCUCCUGAAUGCAGUCAAAACCGGCCGUCUAAUUGAUCAAGGUGGCAAGGCUGUUUCUGUCAGUCGAGUUAAACGCCCCGCCAUCAAUGGUCAGCCCGGACCAGUCGUUCGGAUGGAAAUCGCAAAACCCGCGGAGGCUUACCUUCACCCGGACAAGUUGAUUUUAUGGGCCGCGGAGCACGGUCGAACGAUUCUGCCCUUGUACUACCUGCGCGACCUCUGCAAGUGUCCCAAAUGCGUGGACCCUCACUCGAAACAACGGUCUUUCCGGACCAGCGAUAUUCCCAAAGACGUCCAUCCGCAAGUUGUGCGUUGGGAUGGAACACACCUGGAGGUAGAAUGGGCGAAUGAUAUUGCCGGCUAUGAAAAGGGUCAUACAUCUCGAUGGCACAUCAACUAUCUCAAGAACCCGAUUCUGGAUCCUCAUGAACAGACAUCGCCGAAUAUGAAACCACUUCGAUGGACAAGUAAUCUAAUGAAAAGGUUACAACAUUGGGUGUCGUAUGAGGAUUAUAUGAAUGAUGAUGUUAAGUUCGCCGCAGCUAUGCGCAAUCUGUCGCGCCUCGGUCUUAUCUUUGUUAAGGAUAUCCCCGAUUCACGCGAAAUGGUUGCGAAGAUUGCAACCCGGAUGGGCCCGCUACGCAAUACCUUCUAUGGUGAAACCUGGGACGUGAAAACGGUCCCACAGGCUAAGAACAUCGCAUACACAAACCAAUUCUUGGGUUUCCACAUGGAUCUCAUGUACAUGAACGAACCUCCGGGCUAUCAGUUGCUCCACUGCUUGGAGAACUCGUGUGACGGAGGCGAGUCCCUGUUCGCCGAUACAUUCCGUGUUGCCAACAUCAUGAAGACCGAGCUCCCAACUGAGUAUAAGGCGCUCUCUUGUCGUCAUCUGGGCUACGAGUAUGCACAUGAUGAGCACAAGUACCACAACACCAGGCCCGUGUUCCAGCUCGACCCCAAAACAAAGCAGCUCCGUUACGUCAACUACUCCCCACCCUUCCAGUCUGCGUUGCCUGAAUAUGAGGGUAAGGCGGGCUCCGGUAUUCGUGGCUAUGCCGAUCUCAAGCGGGCAUUGACCCACUUUACCAAAAUCAUGGAGGGCCAUCAUUCAGUUUUCAAGUUGAAGCUGAACCCCGGCGAGUGCGUGAUCUUCAAUAACCGUCGCGUCGUCCACGCCCGGAAUAAGUUCAACACCGGCACUGGCUCGAGAUGGUUGGCUGGUGCGUACGUGGAUGAGGAUGCGUUGUUGUCUCGUUAUGCUGUCUGUGGCGCGAAGCAGGCUAUUACGUGGAAGGCUGCUGAUCCCUUCAUGGGCCUUGUUGGUGUCCGCAAAGAAAUUGCGGAGACUUCGGCAAAGGAGGCAAAACUGGCGAUUGCAGAGGCUCGUUUGCAGGAAGGAAAGAAGAUUAUCGAAGAGGCCGGACCUCUUGGAGAUGUCGGUUCGACUUUGCAAGGACAAGAUGGAGAGCCUGUUCGAACCCAUUGAGGAGCGUCGAGUCCCUGAGCUGGGAAAUCCUACUCUGUAAAUACGAUGAGCGCUGGAACAUGAAGCCCAGCGAAAGUUUGGUAUGAGGUAAUCUUCAUUUUUGCAUAAUGGCAUCUUUUGAGCGAAGAUAGCGUUGUUCUU